AUGGUAACGCAAGAUUUUCGUGAUUUUUCCAUAACGAAUUGGUACGAAAAUUUCAAACAUAUUUGUCUCAAAUCGCUGUUAAUCGAAAUACCCCCUGAAGUGAUUGAAAAAUUUCAAGACGACGAAGAAGAGGUCAACUCACAAAACUGUCCUGAACAGUUUAAAGAACAGCUACGAAACGCUCUGAAUUUAUUGAACAAGAGCGCUUUUAUCAAAAACAACUGGCACGCCCCUACGGACGCGCGUAUGUUCAGUUUCGACAACAAUCUCAAAGCAGUUACAGUUGACGAUAUCUUCAUGUAUUUGAACAGUUCUUUGUGUAUACGAGAUGAUUUUGAUACAGUAAAAGGUGUCCCAUUCUGUCUGUGCCUCAGAAAAUGGAUCAAUAUUCACCCUGCAGCAGAAUUUCGACUUAUAAUCAUCAACAAUAUGCUAAGGGGCAUUACACCAAGAGACUGGCCUACAUACUAUGUCCACUAUAAAGAAGAAAGCAGUCAGAUAAUUGAAGAACUCUCAAACUUCUAUAUUGAGAAUGUUAAAAUACGGUUUCCUCGUCAAAAUUACAUUGUGGACGUUGUAUAUUCUUAUCCAGAUAAACCUUACAUCCUUGACUUUGGACCAUUGAAUAGUAAAACAAACUUAUAUGCUUUUACUUGGAAAGAAAUCCAGCCUCUGUUGCUGAAGGAGUCCCCUGAAGAUGUUGCUCCAGUCUUUAGGUAUUUGGAGAAUGACAUUGGGAUUAUGUCAAAAGCUGAUGCCUUGAGGAAGUUUGCUAAUGCUCAUAGUACAUAG